CGUAUAUUUCUUUAAAAUUAUUAGGCUGUUUAAAAAAUUGUACUUUUUGAAAAAAAAAAUACUCGAAAGUAAAAUAAAAAUAGACUUAAAAAGUAGCUUCUUCUGUUUUAGUAAAUUAGAAUUUUAAUAUUGGUAAGUAAUAUUAGUGGUAGAAGUAAACAUUUGAAAGAACCCUUAAAAGUUAAAAAAGUGAUAAACUUAAAAUGAACGCACCAGGAGAGCAUAACGGUAAAGCAGAAGAAAAGGAGAAAGAGAAAGAAAGAGUGCACUUAGACACAAUAUUGAAGGAGAUAGGAGAGUUUGGGAGUUUUCAGAGACGGGCGUUAGGGUUGGCCUUGUUAGUGGCUCUGCUGAGCGGGUACAGUGCGAACGAGUAUGUGUUUACUGCUGCUAGAAUAACCACAAGAUGCCUAAUCCCAGAGUGCGAAUCCAGUGGCGACCCUAAUUGGUUGACAAUAGCAAUUCCCCAAGAUGGCGGAUUUCUUGACAACUGCAACAGGUUCAACUCGACCCUUCAAGGGAACACUACCUGCUCGGCUGAUCACUUCGACAGAGACGUUAUUAUGCCGUGUGAGGAGUACGUGUAUGAGAAUACAGAUACUGUCGUGUAUGAGUUCAACCUAGCAUGCCAAGAAUGGCGCAGAUCCAUCAUCGGGUCCGCCAGCAUGUUUGGCAUGAUGCUAGCCCUGCCGCUAACAGGCUUCAUCUCCGACCGAUACGGGCGCCGAUUUGCCCUGGCACUCAACGCCUUUAACCAUUCCUGGCUUGGCUUAGCCCGAUACUGGACACAGUCAUAUGAGAGCUUCAUCGCGUUUGAGUUUUUGGAAGCUCUUUUUGGUGCGGCUGGGUUCACUUGCGCCUAUAUUAUUGCAAUGGAGUUUGUGGGACCCAAAUACCGAGUCCUAGCAGGCGCUACAACGUCCACGUUCUUCACAAUCGGCCUGAUCAUGCAAGCCCUCAUGGCCUGGGCUGUUCCCUACUGGAGACACUUGACACUAGCCCUAUACAUCCCUCAACUAAUCACAAUUACUUACUUCUUCAUCAUGCCCGAGUCGGUCCGAUGGUACUUAAGCAAAGGAAGAUACACAGAAGCAGAAGCUCAACUGAAGAAGGCAGCAAAGAUAAAUAAGAAAACCUUGUCUGAAGAAUCUCUUAGAAGUCUAAAACAGAGCUCUGAAGAAGAGAGGAUGAUGUCGUUAGAGAAGAAAAAGGAACCGUGGUUAAUAUCUCUUGUGUUUCAGCACAAGCCUAUACUACUCCGUUGUAUUAUAGCACCGGUUUGGUGGAUCACGACUGUUCUCAUUUACUACGGCUUAUCAAUGAACGCUGUCAAUAUGUCUGGGAAUAAAUACUUGAACUACAUAGCAGUUGGAGCGAUGGAGAUUCCAGGGUCUUGGACGGCCGUUCUUCUGUUUGAUAGGAUUGGGAGGAAGCCAUUGUUUGUUUGCGCUUUCUGGCUGUGUGCCGCGUGUCAGAUUGGUUUUAUUUUCAUGCCAGAUGGUUUCUACGGUGUUUCCCUGGCAGUGUACCUAAUCGGCAAGUACUCCAUCUCCAUCGUGGUGACAUCUCUGUACAUCUUCACCAACGAGCUCUUCCCUACGCGGCAUCGCUCCAGUCUCUUUGCGUUCUCGUCCAUGGUUGGUAGAGUUGGCUCUAUCACCGCUGCGCUGACUCCUGCUUUGGCCUCAAUGGUAUGGGAGCAGCUCCCGUUCGUCCUGUUCGGAAGUCUGGCAGCUCUGUCCGGUUGUCUGGUGCUGCUGGCUCCUGAGACUAAGGGCACCACACUGCCGGACACUAUGGAGGAGGCUUCUAGGCUGGGCUCUAAGAAACAAUCCACACCAAACAGUUAAAAAACAACACUGAUUUAAAUUUUCACGAAUUUUACAAGUAUGUGUAAAAUUCGUGAAAUUGCAAAACGGUACUUAUCGGGGCCAUUUUUUUCAAAGUUGUCCACCCCACUUUUUUUUGGAUGUGGAAAUUUUUAUGUGGUUUCCACUCAGAAUCGCGAGCUCUUUCAAUUCUAAUAGGAGAAAAAAAGUGU